UCUUGUCUUCCCAUCUUUCCCCUAUCAAAGCAUUGAGAAGAAAAAGCCAUAAAAGGUGGAAAAUGGAAAAACGGAAAAACUGUUCUUCAAGCUUUAAAGUCCAGUUUUCUCAUGCUUUGUGAUUUCUCCACUCGAGUUCUGUUGGCCCUCCUCACAGCUCUCUGUCAUUCGGUUUUGCUCAGACAAUCUUGAAAGCGGCAUAUCGAACGCAUCCAAGGUCGUAAUGGAGUCCUCUGUGGAAACUCAACUUCUCCCGAACAAAAUCUCUGAUCAACCAGACCUACUGAUUCAAGACUACCAAAGGAAAGCCAUUCCUCGACACUGGAAGAGACUUCGACUGGCUUUGCUUGUUACAUUUGCAGCUUUCUCUUUGUUAGUUGUUUAUCGUAACUGCAAGCAUCCACAAGGGUACAUGGACAAUUUCCGGGACGAAGAGCUGGGCACCAAUCUUCCGGGACGAAGAGCUCGAGCCCGUUUUUCAGGCAGAAAUCUAAAAUACCGGAACAAUGUCGGUAAUAUUAACUGUGCAGACACGGUCACGAUGAUGAAGCUCACGGUCUCGGAUUCUCGAGAAUCUGAAACCAGAGCCGAGAAGGUCGGUUUCUCCAAUCCUGAGAGGCUAACAGGUGAAGCAGAGGGCAUCGAUCGGCCUACGGAAGUCAAUCAGGAUGGUGGUGCGUUCACUGAUGAGAAUGGAGUCCCUCCAAAUGCUGGUGAAGCAGGAGAAAAUGAACUGGGCCACGAUGAGCCCGAGUGGGGACCAUUUUAGACCCAACGCCCCCCCCCCCCCCCCCCCCCCCCCCCCCCCCCCCCCCCCGAGGAGCCCUAAGACGUCUUUUCAGUUUUCUGUAAAUUGCUAAUGUGGACAACGUUUUCCAAUUGUGUAGGUCAGUUUUACUGUGUUGCAAGGUUAAAAACACAUGGAUAUUGGACAGGACAUGAGAGGAUUUUCUUCUUCUAAGUAUUGUUGUAACAUAGUGUUUAUUUUAGGCAUGAGAAGAAAUAAAUGUCUUCACCAUUUUCAUUCU